GGCCAUCUCUGGCCUUCCGCAGCGCUAAAGCGCAGUUCUAGUUGGUGUAACUUUUUAUUUUUUUUUUAGCUACUUCCGGCUCCUGCGUCGCUCCGGAAGCCCGCGAGUUCCGGAAGCCUUGGUAAUCCGGAUUCGGCUAGGAAAAGACAAGCAUUCCAGAGAAUGUUUCAGAGAAAGUUACGUGGAGCGUGGGCGUUUCGCAGACUCCUAAGAUAUUGCCACAGAUAUGACCCCAGUCUUCAGCAGUCAUCACCCUGAUCAGUCAGCAGGCAUCAACAUCAAGCUUCUGGCAAGUAUGAGGCAAGGAUUUCACAGAAGAACUUGCAGCAGAAAUUCCGAUUGCCAUAGCUAUAGGCUGUCCAGUCUUGAGGGAGUUGCAGGAACGGGAAAAAGAGGGCCAAGAAAAAAGAAAAAUAAAUUAAGAAGAAAAAAAGGCAGGGGGAGAAAAGAAAGGCUCUGAGAGACAAGACGGAAAGAAGUUUCAGAGACCUUCAGAGAAGACAUGACUUCCAAAAAAGAGAAUGUGAAGAGUACAAACAGAGUGCUAAGAAUAAGCCAGUUGGAUGCGCUUGAACUAAACAAGGCCCUGGAGCAGCUAGUGUGGUCCCAGUUUACUCAGUGCUUUCAUGGAUUUAAACCUGGGCUAUUAGCUCGCUUUGAACCAGAGGUGAAAGCAUGCUUAUGGCUUUUCUUGUGGAGAUUCACCAUCUACUCCAAAAAUGCCACAGUGGGACAGUCAGUUUUGAAUAUUCAAUACAAAAAUGAUUUUUCCCCUAACCUGCGAUAUCAGCCACCUAGUAAAAAUCAAAAAAUUUGGUAUGCUGUUUGUACAAUUGGUGGGAGGUGGUUAGAAGAACGAUGCUACGAUUUGCUUCGAAACCAUCAUUUAGCAUCAUUUGGGAAAGUCAAGCAGUGUGUGAAUUUUGUGGUUGGACUUUUGAAAUUAGGUGGGCUGAUUAAUUUUUUGAUUUUCCUUCAGAGGGGAAAGUUUGCAACUUUGACAGAACGUCUCCUAGGCAUUCAUUCUGUGUUUUGCAUGCCUCAAAACAUACGUGAAGUUGGCUUUGAAUACAUGAAUAGGGAACUUCUCUGGCAUGGUUUUGCUGAAUUUCUGAUUUUUCUCUUACCACUUAUCAAUGUCCAGAAGUUGAAAGCCAAGUUAUCUUCAUGGUGUAUCCCUCUUACUGGUGCACCUAAUAGUGACAAUGUAUUAGCCACCAGUGGCAAAGAAUGUUCUCUGUGUGGGGAGUGGCCCACCUUGCCUCACACCAUAGGAUGUGAGCAUAUCUUCUGUUAUUUCUGUGCUAAGAGUAGUUUCUUAUUUGACAUGUACUUUACUUGUCCUAAGUGUGGCACAGAAGUACACAGUCUGCAGCCACUGAAAUCAGGAAUUGAGAUGUCAGAAGUAAAUGCUCUUUAGAAACUAAAAUUGCUUCCUCUGAGGGAAAAAACAAGCACUGUUUAAAGUCUUAAUAUUAGUCAUCCUAAGUAUACCAUUUAUGUAUCCUUUAUAAGGAAUGUGCUGCAUAGCCACUGUCUUCUGCUUCUUUCCAGGCAUGACUAAAUUCUAAUCACUGAAAACCAUGUGAUUCUAAAUAUAUUAUGUAAAUAUUAAUGUAUUAUGUUUCUUAAAUCAUUGCAUUCAAUUUCUAAUGUCAAGAAUAAUGGACAGCUUUUGUUAGGUGACUACUAACAAUGCUCCUUCAUUUUACUACUUCUUAAAAAGAGAUUGGACUCUAAAAAUAAAGAUUUUGGAGACUCUGG